UGAAACCUACUAUACAUAAUUUGCCUUCUCUUUCCAACUUCCAUUCAGGAAAAUCUCAGAGGAAGAAGCAGGGUCUCAUCACAAGCCCUGAGAUCUUCUUCUAUCGUCGUCAUCGUCUCUCUCUCUAUCUCUCUCUCCCUCUCUUCCUCCAACAACAUGGCUAUUCCUAUACUGCUGCUUCUCUUCUUCUCCAUUCCCUUCUCCGAAUCGCAACUCACCAAGGAUUACUACAAGCAAACAUGUCCAGACUUUGAGAAGAUUGUCAGAGACACCGCGUCCCAAAAGCAAGCCGCCCAACCCACCACCGCUGCAGGAACUCUCCGCCUCUUCUUCCACGACUGCAUGGUUGAAGGAUGUGACGCCUCCGUUCUCAUUGCCUCCAACCAUGUCAACAAAGCUGAGCGCGAUGCUGACAUCAACCAAUCCCUGUCAGGAGAUGCGCUUGAGGUGGUAGUCCGCGCCAAGACCGCCCUAGAGCUUACCUGCCCGGGGAUUGUCUCGUGCGCAGACAUUCUCGCCGAGGCCACACGUGACCUUGUCACGAUGGUUGGUGGGCCUUUCUACUUCGUCGAGUUGGGACGAAAAGAUGGACAGGUUUCCCUUGCCUCCAAGGUUAACGCAAACUUGCCAAGAGCAAACCAAACCAUGGAUGACAUCAUCAAAUUCUUCGCCGCUAAGGGUUUCACAAUUGAAGAAAUGGUUGCUUUAAGUGGUGGACACACAAUUGGGUUCUCUCAUUGCAUCGAGUUCACUGACAGGCUUUUCCAUUACAGCAAGACUACUCCAACAGACCCAGAAAUCAACCCUAGAUUCGCCGAAGGCUUGAAGAUGACAUGCGCUAACUACACAACUAAUCCUGCCAUGUCCGCCUUCAACGACGUGAUUACACCCGGAAAAUUCGAUAACAUGUACUAUCAAAAUCUGAAGAGGGGUUUGGGGCUGUUGGCAUCGGACCAUGCACUUGUUAAGGACCCGAGGACGAAGCCUCUUGUGGAGUUGUACUCUACUGACCAGGCGGCAUUUUUCAAGGCUUUCUCUCUUGCAAUGGAGAAGCUUGGACGUCAUGAGAUUAAGACCGGGAAUCAGGGAGAGGUGAGGCGCAGGUGCGACACGUUUAACUCGCUUCAGGCUUAGAUUAUAUAUUCAUUAAGGAUGAGGUGAAGAAGAGAAGAAGAAGAAGAUGACGGUGAAAUGAGGGGAGAGGUUUCACAAAUCUUUCUGUUUUAAUUCAUCACUACAGAAACAAGAGAGAAUUUUCGCAAAUCUUUCUGUUUUAAUUCAUCACUACAGAAACAAGAGAGAGAGUUUUCACAAAUCUUUCUGUUUUAAUUUUAUUUUACAUUCUUUUCUUAUUUUUUUCGAUCUGUGACAUGAUGAUGAUGAUGAAAUAAAGAUGGUUCAAAUGUUCAUGAUUAUAUGAUA